GGCUUUUGCUUUUUAUGCUCUGUAUUGGAGAGGCAGAUAAAAUGCCAGGUCUGCAUGUCUCUGGGGAUAACCUCGCCCUGUAUGAUGUGAAUGAAUAACAUCUUGCCUGGUAAAUCCACAGGAAUUGAUAAGGCACCGAAGUUCUUCCAAAGAGGCCUUUUAUUUUAUUUUAUUUUAUUUUAUUUUUCUUAAAGCCCUAGCUGUGGUUUCUGCAGCAAUUUUGUUUUUGCCUUAAAAGAGGUGCUGUGGGUUAUCAGACCUCCAUGUAUGACAAUUUGUACCUGCAUGGAGUUGAAGACUCGGAGGCUGAAGAAUAAUGUGAUGUGUUACCCGAGAUGGUGUGAACAGAGCUUCAAGCCAAUGGAGAAGACUAGGCCUAAAUAGCUGAGCCGGUGGAGUGCCAGAUAAAGCCACACCUGGAGUGCCACAUCCCCAGCAGUCUCUCUCAGUGCCAAUGCAUUGAUGGCUGGGUCAGCAGAUUCCUAUACAAGCAGGCCAUCGGACUCCGAUGUCUCUUUGGAAGAGGACCGGGAAGCGAUUCGGCAAGAGCGAGAACAGCAAGCAGCUAUCCAGCUUGAGAGAGCGAAGUCCAAACCUGUAGCGUUCGCGGUGAAAACGAACGUGAGCUACUGCGGUGCCCUGGAUGAGGAUGUGCCCGUUCCCAGCACAGCCAUCUCCUUUGACGCCAAGGACUUUCUUCACAUUAAAGAGAAAUAUAACAAUGACUGGUGGAUAGGAAGGCUGGUGAAAGAGGGCUGUGAGAUCGGCUUCAUCCCAAGUCCACUGCGCCUGGAGAACAUACGCAUUCAACAGGAACAGAAAAGAGGCCGUUUUCAUGGCGGGAAAUCGAGCGGAAACUCUUCCUCCAGUCUGGGAGAAAUGGUGUCGGGAACAUUUCGAGCAACUCCCACAACUACAGCAAAACAGAAGCAGAAAGUGACAGAGCACGUUCCUCCGUAUGAUGUUGUGCCAUCAAUGCGUCCUGUGGUGUUAGUGGGGCCAUCACUGAAAGGUUAUGAGGUAACAGACAUGAUGCAGAAAGCCCUCUUUGAUUUCCUGAAGCACAGGUUUGAUGGGAGGAUAUCCAUAACAAGAGUGACAGCUGACAUUUCUCUUGCUAAGAGGUCUGUCCUCAACAAUCCUAGCAAGAGAGCAAUAAUUGAACGUUCAAACACCAGAUCCAGCUUAGCGGAAGUACAGAGUGAAAUUGAAAGAAUUUUUGAGUUGGCAAGAUCUUUGCAAUUGGUUGUUCUUGAUGCAGACACCAUCAAUCACCCAGCACAGCUAAUAAAGACAUCCUUAGCACCCAUCAUCGUCCACGUGAAGGUCUCAUCCCCAAAGGUCUUACAGCGGCUGAUUAAGUCCAGAGGAAAGUCACAAAGUAAACACUUGAAUGUUCAACUGGUGGCAGCUGAUAAACUGGCCCAGUGCCCGCCUGAAAUGUUUGAUGUUAUAUUAGACGAGAAUCAACUUGAGGAUGCCUGUGAACAUCUGGGAGAGUACCUGGAGGCGUACUGGCGGGCCACCCACACAAGCAGCAGCACCCCCAUGACCCCACUACUGGGGAGGAACGUGGGCUCCACGGCCCUCUCCCCAUACCCCACAGCUAUCUCUGGGUUACAGAGCCAGCGAAUGAGGCACAGCAACCAUUCUACAGAGAAUUCUCCAAUUGAAAGACGAAGCCUAAUGACCUCUGAUGAGAAUUAUCACAAUGAGAGGGCCCGCAAGAGUAGGAACCGCUUGUCUUCCAGCUCCCAGCACAGCCGAGAUCACUACCCCCUGGUGGAGGAAGAUUACCCUGACUCAUACCAGGACACUUACAAACCUCAUAGGAACCGAGGCUCGCCUGGGGGAUGCAGCCAUGACUCCCGACAUAGGCUUUGAGGCUGCCAAAACAAAAACAAACAAACAAAAAUCAUCUGUUGACAAUUUGCCAUAGUACUGCUAAGAUAAACCAGUCAUCUUAAUUUGGCAAGCACGGCACAGUAUCUGCUGUGUGGGUGGGCUGCUGUCAUUUGAUCCUAGGGGCAAGAAUUAAAUAGAGGUACAUUAUGCCCUUGAAUCUAGAUGGGUAUUAGAUGCCCAAUCAUAUAGGUAUUUUUAAGUGCUACAUUUACAUGAUAACAGUACCUUUUGUUUUCUUCAUAGAUUUUAGACACAUCAAUUUGUAAUUUAGGGUACUUAUCAAGGCACAUAUAAAAUAAUUUCCCGUGUAGGAAAUUCCAAGUGACCAGUUCCAGUUGGAACCAAUUUAUAAACCAAUUCCUGUUGGAAUUUGGGUGAAUUGACUGGAAAGUCUACUUGAGCAUGUUGAAAUCAGUUGAAAAAUCAGAAAAAAAAAAUACCCAAUAAGGAAAUCAAUAUACUAAUAGAAACCAAACCCAGCUAUGGUAUUUAUUUGCUGGGAGCUAAAUUUACAAUUCAAGUUGGAAUGUAUAAACAUUUUAAUAAUAUGGUAAUGUUGCCAGAAUGGCUUUUCAAACUUACCAAAUACAUUGAUAGUGCCAAAAAAAAAAUCUCAGAAAUCUUAAUGCGGAAAUUAUAUAAUCGCCUCAGAUUUUAAUAUUUUUAUUUUUCCUGAUACAGCUGUUGUAUUCAAAGUGUUUUGCCUUCUGUUCAGUCAGUACUGUUAGCCAGUUUGAAGUUGACAAAAUCCAGGGGAUAUCUGAGAGUAGUCAAGAGAAGCCCAAGCAUGGCCAGUUCCAGAGAACGGAGAAUGAGGUGUUGUUUCUUCUGUAGUAAGUCUGCACACAACUACACACAUCUGGAGAUCUGGAGUCAGAUAGCAUAUCUGUGGCCAGACCUUUCUGGGUACAAUGGUGAUUGGCUCGGGAUGGGAAGUCAUCCAUCCUGCUGUACACUGACACCGGCUUAGGAGUUCUGUCAGCAUGGCUGAGUGUCUUUCCCUUACUUCAGCCGGUCUCUGUUUUUAAUAUAAUGAAUGUUUUGGCCCUACAUCGCACUUCUUUUAAUUUUCAUUGGCAUAAUUAAAUUAGGUACUGAAAGUUACGUUUUCACAAAAUAAUUAGGAAAAGUUCAAACACUGAAUUAAAAUCUUGCAGAAAAAAAAAACCCUCACAGAUUCAGAAUAUAUUUGUUCACUAAAAGCAAGGCAAUUUUAAUGCAUGCCAUUAGAGAGAGUUUGGGGGCUGGUCGGUUUCAUUGCUAGUGAACAGCCUUUAGAUUUCCAAUGAGUGUAUUUAUGAGAUUGGUGACCUAUGUCCUUUAUUAUUAAAGAAGGCCUUAUUCCAAGAAAUUAUUGAAAUUGACCGUUUGAAACAAAUGUCUUUAUGAAAGGGCUUGUUUCUGAAAUGACACAUGCAUGUGUUUUCUAAAGACCCAAUUGGAGCUAGACGUAAAGUCUCUUUCUACUAAUGCCUUGAAGUCAAUUUUUAAAAUAAGUAUAAUUAAUUUUAUGUUAAUUUUCUCCAAAAUUUUCAAGGCAUGGGCCCUCAAAACUACAUACCAGUUCAUUAAUUUUCCUGAUCAGGAGUCUAAGUUUCAUAUUCUUAAUCAGUUCUCCAUAUCUUGAAUCCCAUCAACCCAUUGUCUUGAUUGUAUGUGCAACCCGUUAUGAACCUGCUUAUCUGAUAAUGAGGCUGCCUGAAAUUUUGUAAGUAAUCUCAAACAUUUGAUACAUUUAAACACGGGCUCAGUAAAACUGACAAGCUAACAUCUGAUACUGGCUUGUGAAGCUCUAUUGUCAUCCAGCGAGGCUUACAGAAUUUUCUGUUAAGACAUUUAACAGAGCUGUAUUCAUUGGGCUCUUCAAUAAGCAUAUAAUCUUCCAUUACUAAAUACUUUGUUAGAACACAGAAGAGCAUUUUCCAGCAAACAAACUAUAUUUAUUACAUGUAUAGCACAUAUUUGCAUGAGAAAGAAAACAUUAGCCAAACAUUUUCCUGUAUGCUUUACUGGUUUCUUGUUUGUGCGCAUUAAAGCAUUUAAUUGCAGAGAGUGCACUUGGGUGUAUAAAUUUAGAAUAGAUUGCUGUUCAGCUUUUUCUGCAGUAGCAUUAGCAAUUUGGUCAUUUAACUACUUUAAGAUAUCUAUAUUUCAUGGCGGGUAGCUGUAACAGCAUUUACAUAUAUUUCCUAGUCAACAAGGCUACCUUUUCUUUCAACUUUGAAGGGUCACUUGUUUUUCAAGCAUCUCCAGCCCUUUUUCUCCCCCUUUUGCUCUUCCAUGUCAUGCUGAAAGACGGAGGCCCAUGUAAUCUGUGCACACAACUCACCCAUCAUUUGCCAUUAGAAGUCCAUCCCUAUUUUGCUUUGCAGUUCUAUUAAAAAGCUAGCAAUGUUGGGAAAGGGUAAGACAUAUAUUCUUGAUGAAUCUAUUUACUGUUUCACUUUGCAUAUCAUUCAUCUUCCUCCUGUAAGUUUCUCUCCUACAGAUGAGGAAGAGAUAAGAUUCUUCCUCUCUUUUUAAAGGAUCAGUGUUGCUUGUAUAAAUGAUUAAAAUCCAGAUAUAUACUAAAUAAAACAUUUUAUCUUUGCCAAGCAUACCAAGAACCUCUAGGAAAUGCCUAUUCCACAAGUACUUUGCUUUAAUUCAUUUUACUCAAAAUGGCAAAUGACAAGCAGGAGAAAUAUUUCUAUAUCAUUUGAGGCUGUUUUCACUUAUAGAAUAGACCAUGUUAGAACUCUGUGAGUUUUUAUGAUAUAUAAUAAUGCACACUCGUGCAACAAUGUGGAAAUGUGGUCCUGGAAAAAGAAGAAAUGCUAUUUAUGCUCCUUUUGCUUAUUUCCAAGACUAUAAUAUGACUAUAAUAUCAUAAUCAACACUGUCACCUUGUUUAUGCUAACACUUAAAACAACACAUAGUGGUAUUUGCAAGCGACUCUGAUUGUCUCCCGUCUAUAUAUGGCUUUACUGGGUAGAAGAUUAGAAUUGUUAGCAAUUAGAUUCAUGGUCUUUCCUAAAGAGUCUCAGCUGUGUGACUAUACAAAUCAUCACAUUUCAUUCUUAAGGGAAGGAAUUUUAAAGUCUGAAACAAAUUGAGACAAUUAUUUGUUCCACUUUAAGUAAUCUGUGAUUAUAAUUGCUGUUUGCAAAAAAAAUGUAUUUUUAGAAUGUUAACGUCUUUUCAUACCUGCAUACUUGAACUUGUCUUUUGUGGGGGGGCCUUAAAUUUCAUAGUAGAGAAUAGGGGAGUGAAAAGGGAAUGACGACAAAGAAGCUGUGGUAAAAGAUAGUGCAUACUCUUCAACUUUCAAAGAACAUAUCCCAAAAUGUUGAGACACAGUAUGUCAGUGAAGAAUGUUUCUAGGCAAUCUUAUUUGCAAGCUAGUAUAUUUUCUUAUAUAAUUUUAUUUUGUUAUUUGCUUAAAAAAAAGAAAGGAAAAAGAACACAAUACCACCAUACAAAUUGCCCUCUAUCAUGACAUGUAUACUACCUCUUUUCUAGAGAAAACAAUCUGUUUUUAGAGGGGAAAGUCCUGGUGAUAGUGUCCAUUCUGCCAGCGUGCUGCAGGGUUGGAAGUGUUCAGAUGCACCUGCCCUUUAGAGUUCACACUGUUUUCAGAUGCUCCCAGCAUGCUCUCAUUUCUUCGAUGUCAGCAAGGUUUUCUUGAAGUUAAUCCACAGCUUAUCAUGACGUGAGUUUAAUUUAACAAGAAGCCAUCCUAGGGAACAAAGCAAACUGAAAGGAACUACCUCUGUGCAAAAUGUAGCCUCUAGCUCAGGUCUACGGAUGAGAAAUCCAGAGACUAGAUGUUUAAAGGCAGAGUUGAUCAAUCCUUGACUUCUAGGGGUACUAAGGGCAUGCUGUGGCCACUUACUGGGUAAGGAUCUGCAUUGCCUGGAACUCCCAUGUAAUUGGAAUAUAUCAACAUUUCAAAUAAAUGAUUACAUAACCCUUAUUCCUUUAUAUUUGCCUUUGUCUCUCAUGACAGUGUUAUGUUUUUUAACUAUAUAAAACUAAUCUUUGAAUGACUGUAUGAGUAAAAACUACAGGAAAUCAUGUAAUAAAAUUUGUUCUAUUAGUUCCUUACAUUUUAAAAUAUUGUCAACAUUGUAACUGUUAAUUAAGUUACUUACUCCAGCUGUGUCUAGGUGGCAAACAACAGAGUCCUUUUUCUUUUAGAUGAAAAUGAUGAUCGAAUCAGACAACUUUAGAGCUGCUGGGCAGACAUGAAGAAUAACUUAUUGAGUUAAGCAAUCCAGUUCAUCAAAAUCGUAAAACUGGUUUAUACGGGCAGACAGCUACAGCAUUCAGAAAUUACUCUUUAAGGUUUCUUCUUUUGUUAAAAGGACCUUUCUCCAAUGAAAUAGUCCUCUGAGAGCAAUGUCUUUGCUUGUGGAUAACUUAAAACAAAAUGCUGCAUGUAAUGAAGGUAUAUUAUGAGAAGAUUAGAAAGUAUCUCAUCAGAUAAUCUUAAUUAAGGGCUGUAACUCCUACUUGCCAUAAAUAAGAGGGAAUAGUGCUAAGACUUGGGGACUCAUAACUUUUCAUGAAACUUUCUUUUUGGUGGAUGUAAAAUAUUCACAGAAAGAUAGAAGAAAAUGUUACCAAUGAAUUUAUAAUAGUUUAGGGAAUUCACCGAUUCUUCCUCAUUUGAAAAUUAUAACGAGUUAAAAUGAGAACCGAGAAUAGCAGAUCUUCAACUUUUCAAGUCUUGGGUUAUAUUUUUUAAACAUUUAAAUCUCCCAACAAGCGGCUUGAUCUGUGUUUAUGCAGGGGCAUAACACUUGCCCUACGUGCAUGCUACUUCAUACACUUCCGGAAAUCAGUGUGAAUUCCAUACACACGGGGUGUCACAGAUGUGAGGAAAUCGGUGUAAAUUCUGCUCACACGGGGGUGUCAUGGAUGCAAGAAAAUCGGUGUGGAUUCCAUACACACAGGGUGUCACGGAUGCGGGGGAAAUCGGUGUGAAUUCUGUUUGCACGGGGGUGUCACACAUGCGAAGUCAUUAACGCUAUAUUGUUGCAUACUAUUUUUCAUAUGCCUUACAAUAUUUUCUGGAACGUUAUUAAAAUGAAAGCAUUUUAUUGCCAAAAUAAAUCUAUGUUGUUACUUCUGCAUUAGCAGUAGAAAAAUAAUGUAGCAAAAAUAUAUAUUGUACAGUACAAAAUUAUAAUAUAUAUAUAUUUUGCCAAUAAAUGAAAAUAGAUUGAGGAGAAAGAAGCACAUUUGUUAUAGCACAAACCCACUGUUAAAUUUGGCAGUCCUGUUUUUAGAUGUAUGUAGAUUUGGUUCUCUGUCUUACCAGAUUUAUUUCAUCUCUCAUAUUUGUAAUUCUGCUGCUUGAUGUCUUCCAGCAAUUUAUUUCAUAGCCUUGCAAUCUGUGAGUGUAAUUUACUUAUUUUAUUCCUUUACAUAAAACAUACGAACUUCAUUUUGUGUUACGACUCAUACUAUAUUACUCUAUUUGCUGUUCCUGUUUCUUCUCCUUUGGUAACAGAUGGCACGGCAGGUGAGCUCACAGGGCUCCUCUGGGCUUUGGAUGUUUGAAAGUUUGUUUUUCCCAGCCUCAAGUUAGAGAUCAGUAAAAUGUCCCCAUGGAAAAAUUUUAAGUAGGGAUUCUUUGUUUUGUUUUGUACUUGAUACUAUUUGAAGCAUAAAUUAAAACCAUUAGCUGUAUUUUAAGAGGUGGGGGGGAUUAAAAAAUAAUGUUAUUAAUAGGAAACAUACUAAAAAUAACUAUGGCAAAAUGAUGUUAGAAGAUUUCCCCUAUUCUGAGGGCUGUUGAUAUCCCAGGCUAUUCCUAUGUCUCUGCUGAUGUGGUGGGGGAAAUGCCUUUGUCAAAUAACUUUCUUUUUCUUUGGUUAUUUAUUUUUAAUAACUUGUCCCUUUCAUUUCUGUUACAUAGACCUGUGUGGCGUUCUACAAGGCAUGCUGGGGAAAUACACUAUGCAAAUGUACACCGUGCUGCAUGCUUUGUUCCUCCUCUGCUUUACUUGCUUAAAGAAAAAAAAAAUGUGGUGUUAUUUUUGUGAACAAAGACAUUUAACAACAACAAAAAAAAUGCAGAGUGCAUGCAUACAGUAUCCUAAUUUCUAUGGGUUGUUUUAUGGAAUUUAAAUGUGUACAAAAACUGCAUUAAUUUUUUCUUUUAUAUAAUAAAUG